GUUAAGACUGUGUGUCAGGAGUUGUUGGUGCAGGUCUGUGAUCUGCUCAGGUUGAAGGACUGCCACCUGUUCGGCCUCAGUGUUAUUCAGAACAAUGAACACAUAUACAUGGAACUGGGACAGAAACUGUCCAAAUAUUGUCCAAAAGAGUGGAAACGGGAAGCCAGCAAGGGAAUUGACCAGUUUGGACCUCCAAUGAUUGUUCACUUCAGAGCACAGUAUUAUGUUGAAAAUGGCAGACUUAUCAGUGAUCGUGUGGCACGGUAUUAUUACUAUUGGCACUUGCGGAAGCAGGUACUGCAGUCUCAGUGCAUCCAGAGAGAAGAGGCUUAUUUCCUUAUGGCUGCAUUUGCGCUGCAGGCUGACCUGGGAAACUUCAAACGGAACAAACACUUUGGUGCCUAUUUCCAGCCAGAAGCGUAUUUUCCCUCCUGGUGUGUGUGUGUGUGUGUGUGUGCGCACGCGCGUGCACGUGCAUACAGACUAAUUUUUCAACAAUGUGAUUUUUUUUGGUGGGAGGGUCAGGAUAAGAAAGAGCUGGAUGCUUCUUUAACUCUGGGACUGACCUUACGGGGGAUUCAGAUUUUUCAGAAUGUGGGAACUGUCAGGCAACUCUUGUAUGAUUUUCCCUGGACCAACGUGGGGAAACUGGUGUUUGUGGGGAAGAGGUUUGAGAUUCUUCCUGAUGGUUUGCCUUCAGCCAGGAAGCUCAUCUACUACACAGGCUGUCCUCUGCGCUCACGACACCUCCUGCAGCUGCUCAGCAACAGCCACCGAUUGUAUAUGAACCUGCAGCCUGUGCUGAAACAGGUUCGACGACUGGAGGAAAAUGAAG